UAAUACAUUGCAACAAAUAAAGUUUUAAAUUUUUUAAAUAACCUGAUAUAUAUAAAAUUGUCCUAUUAUUACUUAUGUAUACCACCAAGUCAUGAGACGCUGGCAAAUGACUUCCCAUUCCUAUGUUUCUAGAUGUCGUUGCACCGACGUUAAUUCUUCCCAAAUCACGUCUCCUAUAUACUACACACCUUCCAUGAUCCAACCCUUAUUCAUCUUCAUCACUUCUUUCUAACUAUUUUUACUGAAUCUUCUUUCUGGAGCUUAAUUAAGAUCAUGAAUCCUGAAACAAUAGAGAUCAAAGUCGAUAACAAAUUCAAUGACAUUAAUGACGAAAACGACGACGCCUUCUCCCUUCGUGACCUUCAAAUGUACGACAACGCCAACGCCAACGCCAGUUCCACCCACAGCAGCCCUAGAACUUCAUCUGGCCAAGAACUAUUCGAGUUCUUCCACACUCUGUCAAAUCCGCCUGAAACUGUAGACAUUGUGUUCUGCGGUAAAGUUAUUCCUGGUUUGGUUGGUGAAGGCAACGAUGAUCACUUUACACUUGUUAGAUCGCCAUCGUCGAGGUUGCCUGACCCACCUGCAGUCAAGCACGCGAUCCCGAUGCGAUCCGCGUCGUUCUCGACGUCGGUGAAGAAAAUGAACAUCACUUCGCUGACGUCGAUGUCUUCCAAGUCCAGGCGGAGGAUGUUUAUGUUUGGGCCUGUGAAGUUUUUGCCGGAGAUGGAGAUGAGCGCGAUAAGGGAGAGACAGGGACGUCGUGCUCCGUCGCAAAUGUUCCCGGUGUCGGAAGGUGGUGGUCAGGAGACGACGGUUAAAGUUAUUGCCGGGCGGCAUAAGAAUCAGAGGAGGGAUGCAGUAAAGAGAUUGACGUGCAGAGCCCGCCUGAAUACGGUGUUUGAAAGGUCGCUUGCUUGUCUUCGGCUUUGAAUCGACAUUUCUUUUGGAAUUCACUUUGACUUUUUUCCACUCAUUAACUAAUUUAUUUGUUUGAUAGUUUAUACUUUAUAGCUUUAUAUUAUUUUAAGAUAUAGUGUUAAAACAAUUAUAUAGAUUUCAUGAGAUGGGUAAUAAAGAAAUUUUGUGUAUGUAUAAUAAGUAAAAUAUAAUUUAUAAUAAAUUAAGUUUAAUUAUAUAUAAGAAUGUAUUUUUUAUUUGUACAAACAUAAAUGUAUAAGAAAUCGAAGUUUUAUACAUUGUUACAACUUUAUAUUCAUGAAAACAAAUAUGUAAAGAAAAAAAAAACUAGAUUACAAUUUUAUGAAAAAAAAUCUAAAAAAACAUGCAAACAAAAACAAAUACGUAAAAAAUUCUUAAAAAAAUAGUUUUAUAAAAAAUAAUUCAAUAAAAAUUAUUUUGUAAAAAUCUAAGUAGUAAAAAAAAUUGUAAAAGUUAAUUUUAUAAGCAAAAACCUAAUAAGUUUUAAAAUAUAUAAAAACACGAUUGUAAAAGAUAUUGUGGAAAAACUAUAAAACAUUUGGACAAAAAUUUUAAUAAAAUUUAAAAUU